AUGCGGUUUGGCCGCGACCUUCAUCGUUUCCAAAUCCCAGAGUGGAGCGCCUCAUAUUUGAAAUACAACGAAUUAAAACGGUUGAUCAAAUUUGCUACCAAACGGGCGCUAGAUGACGGAAGCCAAGUGGACGGGGCAGCUUUGUUUUCUGCUAUUCGUUCGGAGCUUGAGAAAGUAGAAGUAUUCUUUUUGGAACAACUCAGUCUUAUCGAGACAUGGGGGAGUAUAUCGUCAAGCAACUACAUCUACGCAUAUAAGAACAACCCUAAGCCGUCGAUUGGAACUUUCGACUACAGUGUCAAAAACCCGUGCUUUUUACAACCUCGGGAAGCCAGGGAUAUUCUAGCUGGAUUCCUCGAGGCACGCGAUGCUAUUCAAAAAUUGCAAUGGUACUGCAAAGUGAAUAAAGAUGGAUUUGUCUGCCUACUUCGGAAACUCAAGGAUUGCAUUCCAUGCGCCGCCUCAGCCAUCCCUCGAUUGGAUGACUACCAAUUCACUUAUCCAAGCGCGUGUGGUUUCUUGAAGCAAAUUUACGAAUCAAUCGACAUUAUCAGCGUUUCUUACACUGUGAGGAAAAGAGAAGCCCGAGAAAUUCCAGGACACAACUACCUGACAAGGGGGUUCCCGUAUACAGAAGAUGUUUCCAAUGCUAUUGAGAAGGACGAUGCCUCUUCUCUUCUUGCCGCCUUGAAGGACUACAAUUCCAGACCUCCUUCAACGCGUGAAGAGCUUCGUGUCGCACGCCUCGCUUCUUUGCAUGUUUCGGUAAUGAAUGGUUCAAGGAGCUGCAUUGUUCAUCAACUGCAACGACUGGGCAGUAUAAAGAACGAUAAGUUCAAGUCGGCGCAGAAUUGUAUCCAUCGCUUGGUCAUUGCUAUGGGACGGACGUUGACGUUAUCGGCAAGAUAUCCUAAAAUCGACAAUCUCCAUAUCGAUAGCACGCGCGUUGAGGAACUCGAGAAAGGUUUGGACCUUCUCAUCUUCAUCCUUGACAACCUGCUUCCGGAUCAACAAUCAGCUCUUCUUGACCAGGAUCGUUUUGGUCGCAUCCCCCUCCAUUAUGCUGCCCAAUAUGGCCUCGAUGAUGUAUGUCGGGUCAUAGUUGAUCGGAUGCGGAAAUGGGGUCUUCAUAAUGACGAACAAUGUCAGACAGCAGGACUCAGCGAUAUCGAAGGCCACACUCCCUUACACCUUGGCGUUUUUAAUGCACGUACGAGCGUGAUUGCAAGCUUGCUUCAAUUGCAAAGCCCAGAUGGUCGCUCAUUUGAAGAAUCAGAGGAGGAAAAGUUAAGAGGUCUCUUAGGCUCGCUUCUGAUCUCGGCUACGGAUAUAGGUUGCACGGAGAUUGUGGCGAUAUUGGUGGGAAACUCUCGAAUAGACGUUAACCAUAUACGACAUGGAGGUGAGACUGCUCUUUAUUCCGCAGCUCGGCAAGGGAAUCUAGAGAUUGUCCGGAUUCUGCUUGGUUCCCGAGGAAUACAUGAUUUGGAGCUUGAUAUGCCCGAAACUGCUUUUGGUUGGACACCGUUGAUGGUUGCGUGUAUCAAUAAUCAUAUUCCAGUUGUCGAAACUUUACUACGUGCAGGUGCGGAUCCUAAGCAUGAAGACGUGUAUGGGUGGGCUGCCCAAGAUCACGCCGCUUUUCGGGCUUGUUGGGAGAUUGGCAAACUUCUUCCGCCAUCAACAUUGGAAACAACCUCUCGCGUACCAAAGAAGUUUAUCAUGGAGCUGCCUUCCGUUACACCAUGCCUGAAGGAUGAAAGCAAGAUUCUGGUGCACCUUGGAACGCUCAAUACACGAGAACAAAAGCCAGCGGUGGAUCUAGGUCUUCAUCUUGACACGGAAUCUAACCAGAGAUACCCGCACGCGAAGUCCUCAUCGGGCAGCAAAUAUCCUUAUGCUGGGUAUUCUGUAGAGAUUAAAUCUAGAAAUGCUUGUGGAUCGAGUCGCGAAAUUUCUCUUCCUGUACUUGAGGAUGCCACCAACUUCCCAACCAUAUUUACCACGAAGGAUCCUAGCUCUGUUCAGAUCAUGUUCAGAUUCUACGAUAAUUCUGGGAGAGUGAAAGGGCAUGUUGGAACCGCUAUUGCGUUUCUCAAACAUCUAAAAGAUGGAUUUGGAGUUGAUCAGGAGAGUUUCUCGCGAAACUACACCAUACCAAUCCACGAUGGCUUUAUGGACUUCAUUGGGACUGUAACAUUCAACUUCCUAAUCGUCACACCUUUUCACCAUCCUAAGUCUACAAUUACCAAAGCACAAGAACCAUGGAGCAUGGGUGGACCAACGCAGAUCGUCGGUCAUAGAGGGUUCGGUCAGAAUAACCCAAAUUUGAAACGACUUCAAAUCGGCGAGAACACGAUUCAAUCAUUUAUGAGCACCAUCUCACAAGGGGUCAAUUUCGUUGAGCUUACACGAGAUCACGUACCAAUUAUAUACCAUGACAUCCUAGUCAGCGAGAGUGGCGCUGAUCUUGCACCUUACAACCUUAGCUUUGAUCAGUUCAUGCACAUCAAUGAAACGCAGACAUCUGUCAUAGAUUCCUUUACUGUGUUCGAACAGAAAUCAAGUUCCAGUUCUAGUGCAUCAGGCCAUGCAACUCCGUCAAGACCUCGCUCUCGCUCCGUAGACUUGAUCGAAAAAGGCAGAAAUCGAGACUUCGUCGCACGAAUGAGAAAAACCCACGAAUACAAGACGAAAGGGUUUAAGGGCAAUACUAGAGGAGAUCACAUUCAUCACCCUUUCGCAUCACUGGUCGAACUCUUGAACAAUAUACCUGAGCAUGUCGGAAUUAUACUCGAGCUAAAAUACCCCAUGCUCUUCGAAGCCGAAGACUGGAAAAUGGACUUCUACGGCAUAGAGAUCAACAAGUUCAUCGACACCAUCUUCAAAACAACCUUUGAACACGGACGAAACAGACCAAUCGUCCUUGCUUCCUUCACUCCUGAGAUAUGUAUACUUGCCGCUUACAAGCAAACCAAAUACCCCGUCAUGUUUCUCUCUGAGUCGGGUCUUUACCCAACCGGCGAUAUUCGGGCAAGUAGUCUACAACAGGCUGUGCAUUUUGCGAAACGAUGGGGACUGCCGGGUGUCAUCAUAGAGAGUAAUCCGCUUGUUGCUAGUCCCGCUUUGAUUGGCUAUGUCAAGGAGAAAGGUCUAGGAUGUGCUAGUUGGGGUGGGAAUAAUGAUGUUCCUGAACAUGCUUUGAUUCAAGCGGAAUCAGGACUAGAUGCUAUUAUUGUCGAUUCUGUGCGUCUAAUUUCUAACACCCUUAAAGUUCCGCGGUCUUGA